CUUUCGGGUAGUGAAGCAGAGUAGAUUUCUUACUAAAGAGCGCAUUAAAGCACGUGGUUCUGCCGAAAAAUCAACGGACCAAGGUGAAUUAUCGGGUAGUCAGGCGUAAUAGGUGUACGCCCGCGAAUUUAAUCGAGUAGAAUCAAGUUUGGUCGGGAGAAUUGUUUGUUUCUGUCAACGAUUAUAUUUGCUUGGUUGAGUUUUUGGUUUUGUCGUCGCGAUUGGAUUUUCAGUUUUUGGUGGUUGACUUGGUUUUUGAAAAAUUGGUGCAUGGUUUCGGUAUACGGCUGAGUUUAUGAUUUAAAAAAUACAUUUUCGUAAAGGUAACCCCAAGAGAUCAACCUGGGAGCCACAUCCGGACCCGUCCCGACUCCGGGCGGGUUUUCUCCAGUCAUUUCCGCUGCAAAAACGCUUUCGUUGAGGGAAUCGUCUUGUGCCGAGGCCUUGUGGAAAAUGCCACACAAAGAAGAGGACCUCAUGCACCAUGCAAUGGGCCAGAAUUCAUUGUUUGGAUGUUCUACGGCUGGUCACAGCGGAAUUAAUCAACUAGGAGGUGUUUAUGUCAACGGAAGGCCUCUUCCGGAUUCCACCAGGCAGAAGAUCGUGGAGUUGGCACACUCCGGUGCUCGACCAUGUGAUAUCUCAAGGAUUCUCCAGGUGUCUAACGGAUGCGUGUCAAAGAUUCUCGGCAGGUAUUACGAGACGGGUUCAAUCAAACCUAGGGCCAUAGGUGGAUCGAAGCCUCGAGUCGCUACAACGCCUGUGGUCAACAAAAUAGCCGAGUUCAAGAGGGAAUGUCCUUCGAUAUUCGCCUGGGAGAUCAGGGAUAGGUUACUGUCGGAGGGCGUGUGCAAUAACGACAACAUUCCUAGCGUGUCAUCCAUAAACCGAGUUCUAAGAAAUUUGGCGUCACAGAAGGAACAACAAGCGUCCGCGCAAAAUGAGUCGGUUUAUGAUAAAUUGAGGAUGUUCAACGGGCAAACGCCCGGUUGGGCAUGGUAUCCCGGGACCCCCACGGCACCUCCACUUGGCCUUCCUCCAGCCCCCACGGCUCUCACUAGUCAGAUAACGAGGGAUGAUCUCCAUAAAAGAGCUGAAGUAAUGCACGAAAACACGUCAGAUGGAAAUUCGGAGCAUAACUCUUCUGGCGACGAGGACUCGCAGCUGAGGUUGAGACUGAAAAGGAAACUCCAGAGGAAUAGAACUUCCUUUACCAAUGAACAAAUCGAUAGUUUAGAAAAGGAAUUUGAACGGACUCACUACCCAGACGUUUUUGCUAGAGAGCGGUUAGCAGAGAAAAUUGGAUUACCUGAGGCACGUAUCCAGGUCUGGUUCAGUAAUCGACGGGCGAAGUGGAGGCGAGAAGAAAAAUUACGCAACCAACGUCGAUCUGUCGAUCACGUCGGUGCUGUCAGCCCUCCUGCCUCGGCCCCCCGCUUACCAAUCAAUUCGGGCUUCAAUUCCAUGUAUUCAUCGAUACCACAACCGAUAGCUACGAUGGCCGAUACCUAUAGUUCGAUGCAAAGCGGUUUGACGUCUAGCUGUCUACAACAACGGGAAGCACCAGGUUACCCCUACAUGUUCCACGAUCCUCUGCAUUCUUUAAGUUCUUCAUACAACGCCCGGAGCUGUAACCCUGCGGUAGCCCACGCACAACCUACAACGCAUCAUCCGACGUAUGGAAGCAACGCUCCUUCUUCAGUACCUGUAUCAACUGGCACCGGUGUCAUAUCAGCCGGUGUGUCAGUUCCAGUACAAAUUCCAAGUCAAGCCACCGACCUAGCCUCCAGCUACUGGCCCAGAAUUCAGUGAUCUCAACUCUUCGGGUUUCCUCCGCCGAGCCUCCUCGUGCCGCAGGAAAACCCGGCCCUGCAACCCAACCUAACGCCCCCUAUUGUCACCUCUACGCCACCUCAAGAGUCCUCCUAAGUGUGGAGAACUGUGUGUAACGCAAUCACAAAAAAUCGAAAACUCCACGAUGCGACAGGUAACUGGCUGUUUGAGAGAGUAACACAUCGCUGCCAUUUUCAGUCCAGUUGAAUGUUAAUGUGCGACUUAAAAAGUGGUAAUUGCAGAUUACAGGAAUAAAGUUUUACCAGAUGGACUGCAGGGUAAUGUGUGUUUAGUGUGUACAUAGUGGAAAGAUUAAAUAUGGAAUUAGUGAACGUUAUCCUAGAUGAGAAGAUGGUUCGUUGGAAAGUUUUGAUUUUUUAGAUUUGUGAUAUUCUUAGAGGUUUUUAAAAUGCAAUUAAAACUUGAAGGACCAACUAUAGAACGCAGGCAAUUUGAUUCCUUACAUCCACAGGCUGCUCCAAUAAUUUUUCUAUGUUUGUAUCGUACUAAAUUAGUUUUUUUUUAUAUUCAUUUUAGUGACAUGGUAAAUUAAUUUUGAAUAAAGAAAAUAGCAAAUUAGG